CGUCUGAGUAGGAAUGUGGCGCCAGACUACCCGGGCGAACACAAACAUAUUCAUGACAAUAACCAUUAAGUAGUGUCUCCCAUUCUCUGUUUUGUCGUCUGUUGAUAAGGCAUUUCUUUUUUUUUACCCCAACCUCAGUUAAAAUAGCGUUAAUCAAGGAAGACAUGCCGCGCACACGACAGAGACCUUUGACUGGGAGUGUCUCUGAUGGAACAGAAGACUCUGAUUCCUCUGCUGAAAGAGAACAGACCAAUAGCUCAGAGAGCGAUGGAAACAUGCCGAAGAGACAACGCCUCACCAGAGCCUCUACCCGCCUCAGCCAGAGCUCUCAGGAUACUCCAGACUUGAAGCGUCCUGCGGACCAUGAUGAAUCUCCACCGCUCACACCCACUGGAAAUGCCCCCUCCUCUGAGUCUGAGCUGGAUAUUUCUAGCCCCAAUGCUUCUCAUGAUGAGAGCCAAUCCAAAGAUCAAGCUAACAGAGACUCAGAUAAGGACCUCUCCCAUCGUCCCAAGCGUCGGCGCUGUCAUGAAACGUACAACUUCAACAUGAAGUGUCCAACCCCUGGGUGUAAUUCCCUUGGUCACCUCACUGGGAAACAUGAGCGUCAUUUUGCUAUAUCAGGCUGUCCUCUUUACCACAACCUCUCUGCUGAUGAGUGCAAGGUGAAAGCUGUCAGCCGUGAGAAACAAGAAGAGGAGAUGAAGACACCUGAUGAUGGAAAUUCACGACAUGCAACUCGCCACCAGACACCAACACCAAAACAGAGCAGAUACAAGGAGCAGGUUGCUGAAAUGAGGAAGAGGAGAAACUCUGGCCUGCAGAAAGAACAGAAGGAAAAGCACAUGGAUCAUCGGCAGACGUACGGCAACACCAGAGAGCCUCUGCUCGAGAACAUUACCAGCGAUUAUGACCUCGAGUUGUUCAGAAAAGCUCAGGCCCGUGCAUCUGAAGACCUGGAGAAGCUGCGUAUCCAGGGUCAGAUCACAGAGGGCAGCAACAUGAUCAAAACCAUCGUGUUUGGCCGCUACGAGCUGGACACCUGGUACCACUCACCCUAUCCUGAGGAGUAUGCACGUCUCGGCCGCUUGUACGUCUGUGAGUUCUGCCUGAAGUACAUGAAGAGUCAGACCAUUCUCAGGCGACACAUGGCCAAAUGUGUGUGGAAGCAUCCUCCAGGAGAUGAGGUCUACAGAAAAGGCUCCAUAUCUGUGUUUGAAGUGGACGGCAAAAAAAAUAAGAUUUACUGCCAGAACCUGUGUUUACUUGCCAAGCUCUUCUUGGACCACAAAACCCUUUACUAUGAUGUGGAGCCUUUUCUCUUCUAUGUGAUGACAGAGGCUGACAACACAGGCUGCCAUCUAGUGGGCUAUUUUUCUAAGGAGAAGAAUUCCUUCCUGAACUACAACGUGUCUUGUAUCCUGACGAUGCCGCAGUACAUGAGGCAGGGAUUUGGCAAGAUGCUCAUUGACUUCAGUUAUCUGUUGUCCAAAGUGGAGGAGAAGGUGGGUUCACCAGAGAGGCCUUUGUCUGACCUGGGGCUCAUCAGUUAUCGCAGCUACUGGAAGGAGGUGCUACUCAGAUACAUGCACGACUUUCAGGGCAAGGAGAUCUCCAUCAAAGAGAUCAGUCAGGAAACUGCAGUUAAUCCGGUGGACAUUGUCAGCACUCUGCAGUCUCUACAGAUGCUGAAGUAUUGGAAGGGAAAGCACUUAGUUCUGAAACGACAGGACCUGAUUGACGAGUGGAAAGCCAAGGAGGUCAAGCGAGGUAACAGCAACAAAACUAUCGACCCGAGCUCACUAAAGUGGACCCCUCCCAAAGGGACAUAAGCACAGGACCCUCAGGCUACUGAAAGGAACCCACUCUAUACCAGCCUCUGAAACCACAAGUAGCCUAAGACCUUUGACUCGUCUUUCAAGACCAGUGUUACAUUUAUUUUACAGUUGAAUCCAGAUCAUUUCUCUGCAUCUUUUCUUUUAUAUUCUCAGCAUCUUGAGGUUAAAGCAGGUAAAGCUACCGGAAGCUGUCUUUGUUUUUUAAAUUGGCCUUCGUCUACUCCGUUGUGAACGUUAGAUGAACUGAUCUAGUUUGGUGGAGAAACAUGAAUGUUCUGCUUUGCUUAAUUGAACACAUACAUUCAACUACAUUUUCAGCUUUCUUUAUUUCUUUCAAAGAAUGUGCACCAUAAAGACGGUAAUUAUUCCUGUUUGGCAUGAUCGGCGAAAAAAAAAGCAGGGUGAAAUUUUUUACUAAAAAUAUUUUUUAUAGUCUUUGGUUGGUGUAAACAUUGUAUAGACGUUAUGUUUUUCCUGUAAGUCUGAUUAGUACAAGAUGUGGAUCCAUUCCUUUAGGGAAGCUGCCAAAUAAAUGGAAAAAAUGAGAUUAGAUUUUGAAUUUGCUUAGAAAUGAUUGGUGACACAACCUCAGGUUUUUGUAGUGCUACAGUCACACCUUGCUUGUAUGGUUCCUCAGGGUGGUGGACCUCUCUGGUUGUUGCAGAAGAAAUCAUCCCACUUAAAGACUCUGAAAUAAACAGAAAACAUGUGAAUGGGACCACAUUGUGAUUUUCAUUGCUUUUAAGUGUUUGUCCACAUUUUGAAAUAAAGCUGCCUUGAUACUUUGAA